CCAGUGCAAGCCCUAGAAUCCUUCUUAUUGUUUCCCUCAUAGUUCUCUUCAGCGGGUGCGCGACUUUCUCCUGGAACGCUGAAUGAUGACUGAUUCCGAAGCAGGAUACCAGGGAAACGGACGGGACCUUGAAAACAACUACGCCGUUGACGGUUCUCCUCAGGCUCCCGACAGCGGCCACGGCGGCGCCGAUGUUCUCAGCGAUUCCAAAUCUCGCCAUGGAUCUCGUGAUUACGAGAGAGAGUCCUCGAAAAGUAGGGAGAAGGAGAGGGAGAAAGACCGGGACCGUAAUCGGGACAGGGACAGAGACAGAGCCCGGGAGAAAAGUAAGGAUAGGAAUAGGGAGCGAGAAAAGGAUCGUGAUAGCUAUCAUAGGGAUCGGAGCAGGGAACGCAGUGAGAGAAGGAGAAGAGAUGGAGAUGACGAUGAUGAUUAUUACCGAAGCCGAGAUUAUGAUAGAAGAAGAGAUUAUGACAGAGACAGGGAGGAUAGGCACAGCCGCCGGUCUCGAUCUCAUUCAACGGCUAAAUCUGAACAUAGGUCUAGGUCACCUUCACCUGCUCAAUCUCACUCCCGCUCUCCUUCAAAAAGCAAAAGGAGAAGUGGUUUUGAUAUGGCACCUCCAACAGCAAUAUUAACUGCUAGUGCCACUGCUGGUGCUGCUGUUGCUACAGGUCAGAUUCCUAGCCCUAGCCCGCCCAUCCCUGGAGUUUUGCCAAACUUUUUUCCUUUAGCCACCGGUCAGUUUGGUGCUCUUCCUGUUAUGCCUGUUCAGGCAAUGACUCAACAGGCUACCCGUCAUGCUCGGCGAGUUUAUGUUGGAGGGCUAUCCCCUACAGCAAAUGAACAGUCUGUUGCAAUCUUCUUCAACCAGGUUAUGGCUGCAAUUGGAGGGAACACAGCUGGUCCAGGGGAUGCUGUUGUUAAUGUAUAUAUAAACCAUGAAAAGAAGUUUGCUUUUGUGGAGAUGAGAUCUGUUGCUGAGGCCAGCAAUGCAAUGGCUUUAGAUGGGAUUAUAUUUGAGGGGGCUCCUGUGAAGGUGAGAAGACCAACUGACUAUAAUCCAUCACUUGCUGCAACUCUUGGUCCUAGCCAGCCUAGCCCCAAUCUUAACCUAGCUGCUGUUGGUCUCACUCCUGGAUCUGCUAUUGGUCUUGAAAGUCCAGACAGAAUAUUUGUGGGUGGGCUACCUUAUUACUUCACAGAAUCUCAGAUUAGGGAGUUAUUGGAGUCUUUUGGGCCCCUUCGUGGUUUUGAUCUAGUAAAAGAUAGAGAAACUGGAAACUCAAAAGGCUAUGCAUUUUGUGUCUACCAAGAUCCUUCCGUUACAGACAUAGCUUGUGCUGCUUUGAAUGGAAUUAAAAUGGGUGAUAAAACUCUCACAGUAAAGCGUGCAAACCAAGCUGCAACCCAGCCUAAACCUGAGCAGGAGAAUCUAUUGUUCCAGGCACAGCAGAUAGCUAUGCAGAGGCUUCUACAACCACAAAGUGCUGCCAGUGCUACCAAGGUUGUAUGCUUGACUCAAGCACUUAGUGAAGAAGAUCUCAAAGAUGAUGAAGAGUAUGAAGACAUUGUGGAAGAUAUGAGACAAGAGGGGGGAAGACACGGUAAAUUUGUUUAGCAAUCUAAGUGACUUUUUGUUUUUUUCUUUUAAAUUCUGAAGCCUCUUAUAUGUUUAUUAAUUUUCCUCUAUUUUCUUGUGUUUAUAUUUCUGUUUUACAGCCUUUUCUAGUCUCACAAUCUGCUAGAAUCAGGCCUAACAUACAAAACAGAGGACUCCAUAGCCCUUUCCAUGUUCUUUAAUAGAUUGCUUUCUUAUCUAUGUAUUUUGUUUCAAAAUCUUUCUGGAAUCUAAAUCUUCAGACCAAAUGUGCAGGUGAAGUAGUGAAUGUUGUCAUCCCACGUCCAAACCCAAACGGAGAAUCAUCACCAGGUGUAGGAAGGGUGUUUUUGGAGUAUGCCGAUGUAGAUGGUGCCAAAAAAGCCCAAGCUGCAAUGAAUGGAAGGAAGUUUGGUGGGAAUCAAGUUGUGGCAGUUUUCUAUCCAGAAAACAAAUUUGCCCAGGGAGAGUAUGAUGGCUAGUUACUAUCGUUUUGAAAUUCACAUAGAAUGGAGCGAAUCAGUCGUGUUAGCUUUCUACUUUGAUUUCCGCAAGUCAAAGAGAAAUGAUGCAUUCUGGUCUUGUCUUCAUAUGAAUUAUUGUAAAAAUGUUAGGUUUUUAUAAUAAUUUUGAUUUUCAUUGUUAGGUUAAUCAUCAUAAGACGCAUUGUAAUCAUAGCUCUAAACAGAUUAGUAAACUUUAGACAUGCCUAAGAUUUUACAUUCAGUGUUGCUAUUGGCUGUAUUAAUUGAUAACUAUUUACCUUGUGUUGCAUGCCAAAACAAACUCUAUAACUCGUGUACUCUGUUUUCUCUCGUAGUGUUGAUUUGAUAAAUUAUUAGUUAGGUU